AUGCCUCCUCCUCCUCCUCAGGAUUUCGUGAAGAAGAAAAAACUCCCUCAGCAGACUAAUCCACCAUCGACCCCUGUCACUGAGCUUUUCCCUCCAGGGGAGUUUCCUGAAGGUGAAAUUCAACAAUAUAAGGAUGACAAUCUAUGGAGAACAACAUCUGAAAAGAAGUUCAUCGCCAGAGGUGUUCGUGGCUGUCUCGGAGCUUGCUUAUUGACUACUUUUGAGCGUCUUUUUGCAGCUUAA